UUCCUCAUUGGCGCCGCGCGGAGAGGCGGAAUGUUCAACUCCUGACUCCGGCGGAAGCGUGGGAGCCGCGCGGGCCGCUGUCCCCGACCCCUGCCGCCGCCCUCAUCGCGCCGGGCCUCUGCGCCCCCGGCAGCUGCUCGCGCCCGGCUGGGGAGCCAGAUUUUGUGGAAGUAUACUACUUUGUCAUUAUGAGAUGUCGUCUCUCGGUACCUCCUUUGUGCAAAUUAAAUUUGAUGACUUGCAGUUUUUUGAAAACUGCGGUGGAGGAAGUUUUGGGAGUGUUUAUCGAGCCAAAUGGAUAUCACAGGACAAGGAGGUGGCUGUAAAGAAGCUGCUCAAAAUAGAGAAAGAGGCAGAAAUACUGAGUGUCCUCAGUCACAGAAACAUCAUCCAGUUUUAUGGAGUAAUUCUUGAACCUCCCAACUAUGGUAUCGUCACAGAAUAUGCUUCUCUGGGAUCACUCUAUGAUUACAUUAACAGCAACAGAAGUGAAGAGAUGGACAUGGAUCACAUUAUGACCUGGGCCACCGACGUAGCUAAAGGAAUGCACUAUUUACAUAUGGAGGCUCCUGUCAAGGUGAUUCACAGAGAUCUCAAGUCAAGAAAUGUUGUUAUAGCUGCUGAUGGAGUAUUGAAGAUCUGUGAUUUUGGUGCCUCUCGGUUCCAUAACCAUACAACUCACAUGUCCUUGGUGGGAACUUUCCCGUGGAUGGCUCCAGAAGUUAUACAAAGUCUACCUGUGUCUGAAACGUGUGACACUUAUUCCUAUGGUGUGGUUCUCUGGGAGAUGCUAACAAGGGAGGUCCCCUUUAAAGGUUUGGAAGGAUUACAAGUAGCUUGGCUUGUAGUGGAAAAAAACGAGAGACUAACCAUUCCAAGCAGUUGCCCCAGAAGUUUUGCUGAUCUGUUACACCAGUGUUGGGAAGCCGACGCCAAGAAACGGCCAUCCUUCAAGCAAAUCAUUUCUAUUCUGGAGUCCAUGUCCAAUGACAUCAACCUUCCUGACCAGUGCAACUCGUUCCUGCACCACAAGGCAGAGUGGAGGUGCGAAAUUGAGGCAACCCUUGAGAGACUAAAGAAGCUAGAGCGUGAUCUCAGCUUUAAAGAGCAGGAGCUCAAGGAGCGGGAAAGACGGUUAAAGAUGUGGGAGCAAAAACUGACCGAGCAGUCUAACACCCCGCUUCUCUUGCCUCUUGCUGCAAGAAUGUCUGAGGAGUCUUACUUUGAAUCUAAAACAGAGGAGUCAAACAGUGCAGAGAUGUCAUGUCAGAUCACAGCAGCAAGUAACGGGGAGGGCCAUGGCAUGAACCCAAGUCUGCAGGCCAUGAUGCUGAUGGGCUUUGGGGAUAUCUUCUCAAUGAACAAAGCAGGAGCUGUGCUGCAUUCUGGGAUGCAGAUAAACAUGCAAGCCAAGCAGAAUUCUUCCAAAACCACAUCUAAGCGAAGGGGGAAGAAAGUCAACAUGGCCCUGGGGUUCAGUGAUUUUGACUUGUCAGAAGGUGACGAUGAUGAUGAUGACGGUGAGGAGGAGGAGAAUGACAUGGAUAAUAAUAGUGAAUGAAAGCAGAAAGCAAAGUAAUAAAGUUGGAAAUGUUCAGAAAGAAAAAAACCAAAAGAAAAGCGUUCUCUCAGUCUGCACAAAAAACAGUAAGGAGGCAGAAAACCAAGCACUGCAUUGUUAGGCCAAUCACAUUUACAGGACAGUCAUUUCCUUAUCUGUUUUACUUUUGAUUGAUUUUUGCUUCUAGAAAGGGGGGAUGAUUAAACCAAAAGAUAUAUUUAUGAAUCAGCAAAUAUGGUGCCUGAUUAUAGAAAUUUGUGAUUUAUAUGCAAUAUAGUAUUUUUAAACUAAUGACAUUCUGGCUUUUUCUUUUUUAAUGAAUAUUUUAUAGUUUGUAUUUGACUUUAUUUUAUUCCCUUUAUUCAUUUGAAUAAGAAAACUUGCAUUUUGAACAAGCACCUUUCACUCCUAAUUCUUUUUUGACACUUGAUUCUUCUGUAACAUAUUACAUUUUUUUCUUAUGACAAUAUAUUAUAACAUCAAAAAUGAUUGAUAGUGACUAUAAAAUUGAACCACAAAAAGCUCGACAUGAAAGAAGAUUAUAACAAAAUGCUUCUUCAGAAACACCUAAAUGCCAAGAAUCUUCAAUACUAAACAGCACAGCUACUCAAAGUACAACCUGGGAGGUGUUCUCAGUAGUCCGCUUGAAGGAGGAUACUCUCAUCUGAAGUCAACAGUAGGUGCUGCAGGCUUGCAUACCACAGUUAACCCAGGAAGCAUCUUAGCAACAACACACUGUCCUCUAAGGUUUAGCUGGUACUCUAAGGAGCAGGGGUGGGGGAGACAGAGAGAGAGAGAGAGAGACACCUGUCCCAAAGGGAUACUCCCACGUGAACGCGUAUCAAGCACCAGCCUGCUCUACACUUCCAGUAAGGGCUCUCUGCAUGGCCUUUUCUUUGUUUUCCAGAGGGGUGUAAUAAUCCUGAAUUCAAAAUAGAUGUAGAGAUAUCUUAAAGAAGAAAGUAAAUAUUUUAAAAUGAAAGCAAAGAAAAGUUACCCUUAUUUAGGUAAAAGCACAUUCUGAAGGGUGCUUUCUAUAUCCAAUCUAGUUUCCCAGAGUAUUUUUUUUUUUUUAACCCUGUUCAGUUUGCUAGUGUUUCAGAGAAAUAGACACAGGUGCUGCUCUGAAGACCAGGCUACCCAUAGAUAUUCUCAGGAUGAUGUCAUAUGUUUGUCAAAGCUUGUUUAAACUAUAAAAGGCCAUUUUUUAAAUUGUAACUAGAUAAAGAAAAGCAAAAGAACAAAGUUUUUUCAGUCUAAAUUGAAAAUCAGAGGAGUUUCAGCAGAGGUGUGAGGUCAUUCACUUGACUAUUGAACAAAAAUACUUUUAGCAGUUUAUUAUAUUGAAGUUUAAAGGGAGGAUAUCGUCAUGGAUAUUAUCUAAUAUUAUUUCUUAAGUAUAUUUGAUCAUAAAAUGGUCUUUUAGAAUUUGAACCAUGAUGUUCUUCUAAUUCCCAUUGAGAACUAAAAACACUACCAAAUGGUCAGUGUGCUGUGCCAACUCUAUAUGGGGAGAAAUCACUAGAAAAUGUUCUAGGUGUCUACUUGCUGUGCAACCAUGGGCACAUUAUUUAAACUCUGUGAGUCUGUUUGCUCGUCAUUAACAUGAGAAUGAUAAUAACCUACUUCAAAGAAAUGUCAUGAGGAUUAAAAGAAAUAACAUGUGUAAGGCUCUUAGCUCAGUACUAAGCCCAUGGUAAGUGGCCAGUUAACGUCAGCUCCUAUUAAUUGUGCCAGUGAAAAGACACUGAAAAAUAAGCGGUUUUAAUAACCUUCUGGAAAACUGAACUGUCAGUUUCAAGUGUAAUACUGCUUAGUAUUUGAAGUGAAAAUAAAAGUGAAUAGCUUUUCUUUCAGGAAAGAAAGAAUAUUCUUAGAAUAUAAACUAUACAAAGUGACUUAAUUUGGUUGCUCUUGGGAACUCUGAGCCCUGCCAGGUGCCCGAGUCUGUGGCAUUUGCAGAUUGUGCCAUCACAUUGAACACACAAGAAUAAGCAGGUAAACCUUCGCACUGCACCUCCUCUGUCUGUGCACAUACAUGGGCAACCUGUCUGCUCAGACAGAGAGAAGGACUCACUGAUGCUAGCCAGGCCCCCCAAGCAGAACAUCUUUGAGUGGAUCAGAAGGGACACCUUACAGCUCCUUCCUUUGUAGGGUCCCUUGGGGACCUGAAGGAGAGAGCAGAGGCAUGAGAUUGUAAAGGUUCUUAUACCUUUCCCGGGCAAAAAGAAAGCCAUUCAUUCCGUAGAUAUUCACUGAGCCCCUUCUCUGUUCCAGGUCAUGUUCUGGGGAAGAGCUAGAUGAAGCUCUUUGUACUCAUGGAGCAUACAUGCUAGUGAGUGCAGAUCAGUGAUCAACAAAAUGCAUCAUGUGAUACAUGAACAUUUACUAGGUGCCUGCUGAACAAUGAAGCAGGAAGGAGGAGAAGGCCAGUGGAGGAGGCUGAGGUUUUUAAAGUGUAGUCAGGAAAUGCCCAACCUAUAGGUGACUUUGAGCAAAGCUGAGGAAGCCAGGACAUCUCUGUGCAUUCCAGGAUCUUGAUUGUAGGUAAGAAUGCAAACCUUGCCUCCUACUCAGGAACAACCCAGGGUAAACCUAGAACAUAUAAACAGAAUGAAACUGACAUUUUUCUUAAUAUGUAUAUAAAUCCAUAUGGUUAUAUAUAAAGUUCUGGUGCAUUAAAAGCAACCAAACAGGACCAAAAAAGGAGAAUAAUAGGAAUCUGUACCUAGACCUAGGUUUACCAUUAAUUAGAUAACAUUUGUCCCAUCUCUUAACUUCUGCCAUUUUCUUCCCCAAUGUUCCAGAGAUGUCAUAGCUCAAUACUCUGCUUAGUAAUAUAAUGAAUUAUCAUUAAGGAAAAACAUGUAGUAUGUUACAAAAGAAUCAAGUGUCAAAAAGAAUUAGGAGAAAAGGAUGCUUAUUCAAAACGAAAGUUUUCUUGUCGAAUAAAAGUUAAAUGCAAACUAUAAAAUAUUCAGAGUAGUACGAAGUGAACAUGUGAUGUGCUUUCCAGAGGGGCAUAAUAAUCCUGGAUUCUAAACAUGUGCCAUCAAGAAACUGCAAGGAUUUAGGAUACGGCAGAUCUGGCUCAAAACUGUUCUUCAUCUGGAAUUGGACUAUGACUUUGUGGCAUUGGCCCUUUUACUUUCUGUUCUAAAUCAGUGUCCUAGUGGUUUUAAAAUGAUAAAACAUCCCUGAAAUCUGAAUCACAUAAACAGAAUUUGCACUGUUCUCAUUCUGUCUGGAAAGAUUACUUAAAAGACUUUAGAUUCUACUAAUUUUAUUAAUUUUCAAAAGAAAUUCCUAUGAAUCAUAUGCAGAAUUUCUAAACAUGUUAAUUGUACAGCUUCAAACUUCACUUUUCAGAUCAGUUUUUGAAAUGGCAAAUUAUCAGUGUUAGAUUUAGUUCCAGUUUCUUGACUUAACAAAAAUGUACAUUUCUAAAGAGACAAGUUAAAGAAACCGAGAAAAGUAAAGAUUCGAAAUGAGAAUUGAAACUCUAAAUGUGGUAAUAAUAGUCACAGUCAUACAAUUGAAAAUGUUUCACCUUUUAUCUUUUUUUCUUUAGUCAUAAAGUCGAGCCUGCAGGAUUUGAUGAGACCCUACUAGUGGCUCUCAACUAGAGCAGUGUGUCACCUAAUGGUGUUUGGGGGUACUGGGACUGGGACACAUUUUCAGUUGUCACAAUGACUAGGGCAGUAUAUAGUGCCUACUGCCAAGACUGGUAACAUCCUGCAGGCCAGGGACAGUCCCUCCCUGUACAGAAUUCUGUCUAUAAUCCCAAUAGCAUUAUCCCUUUCCCACUGAGAAACUCAUUAAAUCUUAGAGUUCCACCUCUUAAUUUUUUUCCCAAAAUAAAAUUACCUAAAUCAAAAAAAAAAA